CUAAACAGAAGCCAAACUGCACUGCGUGAAGGUCUGCAUCAUCCGUAGAGAGUAAAUGUUGACGGAGUGUCCUCGUAUCAGUUUAAUAUCGGGAUCAUAUAUUUCAGUUUAACAUCAAAACAAGAUGCAAAAGCCUAUCGUUCCGUAUGAUAGACUACUUUUGUCACAGAAAUACUGUUAGACGGCGAACAGCCAUCAGUCCAGCGGUCACUUUGUCAAUGACCGGGGGAAAGUAACGUAACUUAACGUCAGUCAACGUUGACUAUUUUAAGUGAUGACAUUCUGAAAUAUCUAACAUUUUUGAUUGUUGUAACUUAGACCUUUUUUUAGCUGAAACAGCCGCCUAACUUUUUGGCUGGUGCAGGUUAGCCAGGCAUUCGCCUGUUAUUUGGCUAACUAGCUAACGCCAUCAGUUCGGGUUUGUGUCCAAGUUCACAUUUCGGAAACCAAGAAGUAAGCUGGUGGUCCCAACUGCAGUGAUGAUUCCUGAGUGCCCUCGGAACACCGAUGCGAGAAGCCGAACCCGGUGCCAUGCCCAGAUGGCCGAAUCUAUCCAGAACCGCUCCGGUUUACUCUGUGAGAUCAAAACUCCCAUUCAGACCGGAGCUUUUACCGAGCACUACAACAUCAUACCGGGCAAAGAGCUGGGCAGGGGGAAGUUUGCGGUGGUGAGGAAGUGUGUGGAGAAGUGCUCGGGGCGCGCGUACGCCGCCAAGUUCAUGAGGAAGAGGAGGAAGGGCCAGGACUGCCGCUCCGAGAUCGUCCACGAGAUCGCCGUGCUGGAGCUCGCCACCGCCAGUCACCGUGUCAUCAACCUGCACCAGGUCUACGAGAUGGCCAGCGAGAUGGUGCUCGUGCUGGAGUUUGCUGCAGGUGGCGAGAUCUUUAACCAGUGUGUGGCGGAGCGGGACGAGGCCUUUCAGGAGGGGGACGUCAAGCGCCUAAUGAGGCAGAUUCUGGAGGGCGUGUCCUUCCUGCACAGGAAGAACGUAGUUCACCUGGACCUCAAGCCUCAGAACAUCCUCCUGACGAGCGACUCUCCUCUCGGGGACAUCAAGGUGGUGGACUUUGGGCUGUCCAGGAUGGUCAGCAGCAGCCAGGAGAUCCGCGAGAUCAUGGGCACGCCGGAGUAUGUGGCUCCAGAGAUCCUGAACUAUGAGCCAAUCAGCACGGCCACUGACAUGUGGAGUAUCGGUGUCCUGGCCUACGUCAUGCUCACGGGCAUCUCUCCGUUCCUCGGGGACGACAAGCAGGAGACGUUCCUCAACAUCUCCCAGAUCAGCGUGAGCUACGCCGAGGAGGAGCUGGAGUGUGUGGACCAGGCAGCCAUCCACUUCAUCAAGUCCCUCCUGCUCAAGGCCCCGCAAGAGCGUGCCACUGCUGAGGAGUGUCUGCAGCACCCCUGGCUGCUGCUGCCGGCGGAGGUGAAGGCGGCGUCCGAGCCCCUGGACAGCACAGCGGGCGGAGAGUGUGUCCUGGAGCCCGUCAGCCCCGGGAGCACCAGCACCAGCACCGGCUCCAGCUGCACCGAGUCCGACCCCGACGACCCGGAGGUCACGGAGGAGCUCAUCGUCAUGGCGGCGUACACUUUGGGUCAGUGCCGGCAGACGUCCGACAAGGAGGCGCUCACGCCGGACCAGAAGGCCGUCUCCAAGCGCUUCAAGUUCGAGGAGCCGUUUCCGGCCCUGCAGGAGGUGCCGGGCGAGUUCAUCUACUGAGGCUCUCCCAUCACCAUCGCCACGCCGACCACCAACCAUCGCUGCCAUAAGCUUCACGUACGCAAAAGAAGAAGUAGCAGAGAUGAUGACAAAUUGAAAAAAAAAAGGAACAAAAUUCGCACUUCGAAUACGCAAACAAGUGUACUAUUACUUUUAACCCCCAACCUCAUGAUUUGAACUCACAAGCCAAACUUUUGUUUUAUUUGUUUUAUUUUUUUUUCCUCUCCUGUUUGUGCUGCUUUGCUUCUUGGCAUUUAAUGGGUAUGUUGCUUCAGACGACGCCUUGCUGUGGUACUUCAUUUUUAGUUCUCCGACUUUGGUGCCAUGCUUGAAACUUUUUGGAGUUCAUGUCGGGCUAUACUGUACAUGGAACCCAAUCACUUUUGUUUUUUUUAACCGUUUAUGUGUUUUUAAUUUUCAAGUUUCCUUUGCCAUGUAUCUGAAAGUGAAUAUUGUUUGUGUAAAAGUUUAGAUGUCCUUUGGGGGGGGGGGGGGGGGUGGCAUGACUAUAUGUAAAUGAACCAGAAUUAAUAUUUGUUUUAAAUGUAUGUCUCUUUAUAUAUAAAAAAGGAAAAAAAAAUUUAAUAAGCCAUUAUACACAUAAACAACUCCCUGUUUACCUUUGGGUAUAAGCUCCAGCAAUAGUAGUAAACAUUUUUCAUUCUUAUGUCCGUUCAGAAAAUGUUUUUUUUUUUCACUCCGUAGUCAUUAUUGCUGUAUAUUGGUCCAAUGCUGUUUCCAUUAAGGGUCAGUCAGUCUUUCAUGGAAACACUUUUGAAAAUGACUGAUAUUUGUAAAUAAAAGUUAAUCUCUGAGACCAA